AUGGCCCUUGGACCCUGCAGCGUCCUGCUGCUCCUGACCCUGCGCAGAUGUGGCUGGCCCCAGGUUUCAGAGGCUGGGGAACGCAUCGUAGGGGGCCACAAGGCCGGUGCUGGGGCAUGGCCAUGGCAGACCAGCCUGAGCCUGCAGAAGGUACACGUGUGUGGAGGGACCCUGCUCAGCCCUCAGUGGGUGCUAACUGCUACCCACUGCUUCUUAGGGUCCCUGAACUUGUCUGACUGCCAGGCCCACCUGGGGGAGCUGAGGGUCACUCUGUCUCCCUGAUUCUCCACCAUGAGGCGGAUCAUUCUGUACACAGGCCGCCCAGUGCUGCUGGGCAUCAGUGGUGACAUUGCCCUAGUGCAGCUGAGUGCCCCUGUGCACUUCUCCCACUGGGUCCUGCCCAUCUGCCUACCGGAGGCCUCAGCCAACUUCUGACCUGGGGUGCGGUGCUGGGUGACUGGCUGGGGCUACACGAGGGAGAGAGAGCCUCUGCCACCCCUGUACGCCCUGCAGGAGGUAGAAGACUCCAUCGUGGACACAGAGACCUGCAGACAGGACUACAGCAACACAGGUGGCACCAUCUGGUCAGACAUGCUGUAUGCCCAGGACCCCAGGGAUGCCUGCCAAGAGGACUCCAGGGGGCCUCUGGUCUGUCAGGUGGAUGGCAUUUGGCUGCAGGUAGGCGUGGUGAGCUGGGGCAAGGGCUGUGGCCGCCCUGACCGGCUUGGUAUCUACACCCUUGUCCUUGCCUAUGUGAACUGGAUCUGCCUCCACGUCCCAGCAGCACAGGGCUUCGGGCCCAACCCACUGCUCUCUGGCUGGCUUCUUCCUCCCCAACUUCUCCACAUCUCCUGUAUCCUGGAGGCCAAGAGAACUUACCAGCUCCCUGUGGCCAACAAAGAGGCUGGUGGGGUCAGUGCUCGGGAGGGGAUGGGCCACAGCUUGGCGGAAAUCCGGCAGCCCUGCUGA